AUGUCUUCCGAACUAUUAGUGUCAAGGCCAUUUUAUGACACUAGGGCAGUAUCCCAGCAGGAACUUCUGCCACCAAGAUCAGAUGCAGAAUUAAUGGUUAAAGACACACUGCUUCCAUCCUCUGGUCUGGCCACCGCGGGGUACCGGUCCGCUAAGUAUACCCCUUACGAGUGGAGCGCCAAAAACUACGCCACUCUCCUCCAGGCAGUGACUGACCGCGACACCGCGGAGAGGCUUAGACACGAGUCCAAGAAUCUGCACAAGGAGACGGAGGCCGGGACGCUGCGGACCCAAUCGGAGGGGACGCGGCACCUGGGAGAGAGGCUCCUGGACAUCCACUUCUGGAGGUCGGAGCUGCAGCGGCACAUCGAAGAGCUGACCUCGGAGACCGACCUGCUGCUGGGCCAGAAACGCCGGUUAGAAAAGGCGCUGGAAGCCACCGAGAUCCCUUUCGCCAUCGCCACUGACAACCUGACGUGCCGGGAGCGUCGACUCGGGCCUGACUUAGUGAAAGACGAUGUGGAGGAAGAGCUGCUUAAGGAGGUGGAGCUGAUCAGGAGCGUUCAAGCGCUUUUGAAAAAGACAUUAAACCAAACCAUAAAUCAAAUAAGGGCCAACAGGGCAGCGAAGCAGACGCUGGAGCUGGACUGGUCAGACAAGUUUCAGGCCUACGCCAUGGACGCCCAGUGCGGCCGCUACAACAACCGGAGUGUGGACACCCAGCAUCACCCCAACUCCGCGAAGCUACAGGACCACGUCACGAACCGGGAGUCCUGGGUGAAGUUCACGCGGGACAACCUGGAGCUGGCGGGCCGGGAGGAGCAGAGCUCGGCGGAGCUGCGGCAGCUGGUGGACCGCGUGCUGCAGGACACCGCCGACGACCUGCGCUCCCAGUGCGCCGCCGUCGACUCCGCCUUCGCCCGCCGCUGCCAGGAGGUCCACAACGCCAAGGUGCAGCUGGAGCUCCACCUGGCUCAGAUCCUGGAGCAGAUUGGGGCGCAGGAGCGCAACAUCGUCGCCCUGCGUCAGGCCCUGCACGAUAAGGAGGCGCCCAUGAGGGUGGCGCAGUCCCGGCUGUACGAGCGCGCCCAGAGGCCCAACGUGGAGCUGUGCUGCGACAGGCCCCAGGUCAGCCUGGUGGAUGAGGUGAGCGAGAUCACGGGCACCAUGGCGGCGCUGCGGGAGAAGCUGGCCGAGGCGCGGCAGUCUCUGGGCGACCUGGAGGAUACGCGCAUGGCCCUGGAGAAGGACAUUGGCUGCAAGACGAACAGCCUGCUGAUCGACCGGGAGAAGUGCAUGGCCCAUCGCACACGCUACCCCACCGUCAUCGCCCUGUCCGGGUACUGAAAGGCCCCGCCCGCACUGCCUGUAACAUCCGUAUCCCCCAUCAUCACCCUGUCCGGAUACUGAGAGGCUCCGCCCUCACUGGCUGUAACACCCAUAUCCCCUAUCAUCACCCUGUCCGGAUACUGAGAGGCUCCGCCCUCACUGUCUGUAACACCCAUAUCCCCUAUCAUCACCCUGUCCGGAUACUGAGAGGCCCCGCCCCCACUGUCUGUAUCCCCCAUCAUCACCACUGUCCCAUAACCUGCAUCAUGACCAGUCUCAAUUAUGAUGGCUCAAACACACACCCCUUCCUGUCCAAAUAUAACCACGACAUCAGAUACUGUUCACAUACUAAAGGCCCAACCGCCCUUGC